AUGGCUCAGGCUUCGAACGACGACUGGCGACGUCCGCGCGGCCGCGGUAGAAAGGCCCGCGCAAAGUUUGCCACCUCGGCUGGCGAUGCCAUGUCGUCACACAUGCACGAGCGCGCCAUGGAGCGCAUGUUGUGGGGACCGGACGGCCCGCCUGACGUGCUCCGGGCUCCGCAGGAGAAAGAGCCGGCCGCCGCCGCUCCAGCCUCUGGUCGGCAGCCCCUCCCGUCUGCCCAGCCGCUGCGCUCGGCGCUCAAGACCAGACCACUCGCCGACCAGCUGGUCUCAGCGUCGUCGACUGCGGCCGGCACCGACGUCAGUGCCACCCAGCUUCUGCCAACCGUCUCUGUCUUGCACAUUGACGACUCAUCCGAGACGUUGGAAUCGGCCUCAGCCUCGGGCUCAGCCUCAGACUCGAGCUCGGGCUCAGACUCGGGCUCAGCCGCCUCCAUGCGCACCGCAUGUACCGUCAUGUCUGUAGCUUCCCUCACCUCUGGCUCGGGAUCAGACUCGGGCGACAACGCUGGCUCGGGUCACCAGCAGCGCGGGCACGUGUCGUUCAUGCCAGCAUCGACAGUGCUGCACCUCCACGAGCUUACACCGCCUGGAACCAGCCCCGAGGCGCGCGUCUCGCAGGCGACGGUUGACCACGCCCACGACCAUUUCGAGAGUGUGAGAGAGGUCCGCCGGCAGCAGACGUGGCGGCAGGGCGAGGUCGAAAACAUCCGUGACUUGCAGCAGCGCAUCGAGCGCGGCGUCUCGUGCCUCCGCGACGACCUACUCAACCCGCACAUCCACGGAGCCCGGGACACACCCGCCGCCUUUGCCAGCAUGUACCAGCAGCCGCUCCCGCUGCCGCCAUCCAACGUUCGCGGCGCCUCGCUGCAGGUGGUUCAUGGCACCGAACGCGAGGUCCACGUCUAUCCGCUCCCGCCCAACGUCUGGUCCACCUCUGCGCCGCUCCCGCCCGUCCGCAUCAUCACCGGAGUUGUCCCAGCCCGCCUCCGCAAGCAGCGCGACGAGCGCAAUCGUGUGGCCAUGGGCCUCGCCGCGCGCAAGCGCUCGGGCGCCACGACGUCGCCGCGCUCGCCAAACGUGCCGGGCGCUGUCUCGCGCCAUCCGACCACCGCCAGAGUGCCGCCGACCGCAGACCCGUGCACCGCAGACACUGAUGACGUCGUCGCCGGCAUGGAGCACCUGACACAAGCCGAGCGUGCCCAGUUCACUGCACUCCUCGCCCGUGUCGACGACAUCAACUGCGCCGUCCGCUGCGAUGCCAUCCUCACCCUCGCCCGCGCCAACUUUGACUCGCCACUCCUCGCUCAGGCUCUUGAGCGCCACCUUGCCGACUACGACCUCAAUGUGCAGUUCCAAGCCGCACUGGCGCUGUUCGAGCGGAACCCGCGCCACAGCGCAGCCCGCGACAAGCUCCUCACCUUUCUCACCAUGCACCACCCGCCCGAGACCCGCCUCGCCGCCAUCCGCGGCCUCUCGCGCGCCGAGCCUGACUCGGGCGCCUUCUGGGAGUCGCUUGUCCGCUACGUGGCUCGCGAAGAGGAUGAUGCCGUCCGCUUCGACGCCGCCCUCCACCUCGCUCACAAUAUCAACAGAGGCCAUCUCGAUGCUCGCCUCGUCAUUGUCCUCGAAGAAAAUCUCGGCGAGGCUGACCCGGCCAUUGUCUUCCGCGCUGCGCAGGGCCUCACCAAGCUCAACGCCCGCCACGACCAGGUCGCCAACGCCAUGCUCCUCCUGCUCAAUGGCUCGUUGUGGUCGACCCGUGUCAAGGUCAUCACCAACCUCCGCAUCCUCUUCCCCUCGCUCUCGGCCCGCUACCGCGAGCUCGUCACCGAGCGCCUCAUCGGCUUGCUCUGGCGCGACCCAUCGCUGGCCGUCAAGGAGCACGCUGCGCUCGCACUCGUUGCCAUCUCCCAGGAGCGCAGGGCAUUUGACAUGCUCCGCGACUCUCUCACCGACCGCAGCGCCCACGUCCGCCGCGCCGCCCUCCACUGCCUGCAAAUCCUCGGCGUCCGCGGCGAGAUCAUGUCGCGCAUCAUCCUCGAUGCCCUCGAGGACGACGACUCGGAGGUUCGUGGCGAGGCCGCCCGGGUUGCAGCCACCCUCGCCACUCCCAGCGAGUACCGCAUCGUCCGCAAGCUCCGCCGCCGCCUCGCAGACCCCAACAUCGGCGUCCGCGCUCACGCCGAGCACGCCCUCAUCGCCCUCGGCGUCGACUACGUCUCGCCAGCAGAGGUCUCCAAGGCCCUCUACACCACUUCGCCCGAAAAAUAGCGCCACGCUUUUAAUCAAACUUCUUCUCCAG